AAGAUUGUCCCUUGGCGCACACCUUACAUAAUCCAUCAAUGCCUUGAAAACUUAGCAGAAACAGCUGGAGAUCUCGGGUAGAUAAACGGCUGUUUGUUGCUUUAUGUUAAUCCUUCUCUUAACUGUAGACAGGUAUUCAGCUCUUUAAUCAGCUUCGACUGUCCAUUUCUCUGCACCUGUCAAUAUGGUCAACGUGCACAAAGGUGUCCUUGUUGAAUGUGAUCCUGCCAUGAAACAAUUUCUCCUGUACCUGGAUGAAACGAUGGCCUUGGGAAAGAAAUUCAUCCUCAAGGAUCUUGACGACACGCACCUGUUCAUUCUUGCAGAGGUGGUUCAAACACUCCAGGAGAGAGUUGGAGAGUUGAUGGACCAGAAUUCAUUCCCCAUCACACAGAAAUAAACGUGUGAUGGGGAGAAGUGUUACUUUUUGGCCAUGGACUGCUCAUGAUCUCUGGAUAAAUGUUUGCAGUGUUUUAACUGCAGACUACAGUGGAUUACUGUGAAAAUGCUCAAGGAGUUCAAAUACAUUUUAAUAGCAGGUUCCAGAAUAUGAUUUCUUUUUCUUUGCCUUCUUUAAAUUGCAGAUUAAAGCUACUGUGUUGGUUUUUUUUCCCUUAUUAUUAAUAAUUGAUAUGAAAGGAGCAAGGAUCCGAAGUUAAAUAAAUCGACAGCUGCUUGUUGUUUAACAGUGACUUUGAGUUUUUUCCAUAUUUGUCAUUCUGAUUAAAGUUGGUCUAAAAAUAUUUAAAACUGUCUUCUGAAAAUGUUGGGGUGUUGUGUCUAAUGUAAAU